AUGGCGACCAACGACGCUACCCAGACGGAGAGAACCCACGAAGCCCCGCAAUAUCCUGCCGCCGUCUCAGCAGUUGCACUCAAACUUCCGUGUUUCUGGCCUGCAGACCCUGCUCUUUGGUUCGCUCAAGUCGAGGCCCAGUUUACUACAAGAAGAAUUGUGUCUCAGGAAACAAAAUUCCAUCACGUUAUUGCGGCCCUAACGCCAACCGAAGCAGCCGAGGUGCGCGAUAUCAUCCUCGCCCCUCCGACCGAGCAGCCAUACGACGCGUUGAAACGCGAGCUCAUCCGCCGCACCACCCUCUCCGAGCAGAAGCGUCUGCAACAGCUCCUAACAGCCCAAGACCUGGGGGACCGCAAACCAUCGCAGUUGCUUCGUGGCAUGCGCCAGCUCCUGGGAGAGAAGGCGUCGAAGAUGGACGACUCCCUCCUCCGCCAACUGUUUCUCCAACGCCUCCCUGCAAAUGUUUGCAUGGUUCUUGCAGCGGCUGGCGACUUGCCCCUCGAUGACCUCGCCGCUCUCGCUGACAGGGUGUUGGAGGUAGCGACACCGGCGAUCUCCGCUUUUGAAGGCGUAAAAGCGAGUGAAGUUUCUCCCGUUACGUCGACUGGAAAUUGUUCUGCGGAGUUACAGUCGCUCAAGCAGGAGGUCCAGCGGAUUGCACAGUCUCUAGAGGCAUUGAAAAUCCAGGUAGAAAGACGAUCCCGCUCCACUUCACGCAAUCGCGCAUCGUCUCGCUCUUCUGAUACUGGACGCAUCUGCUGGUACCAUCAUCGCUUUGGGGAUAAUGCAACCAAGUGCGUGUCACCUUGUGCCCACCAGGGAAACGUGCCGGCCACGCACUAA